AUGACCCACGUGAUGGGUCUUUCUUUUGUCUCUCAUGCUGGAGGGGGAGCAGUGGAAGAGUAUAUGGUUAUUGGAACAAGGUCCAAGAAUCAAGUGCUUAUUCCUUACGACCCUGAACCAGAGAGAAGUGCAAGGAAGUUAGCUCGAGAAAAAUAUUUAGCACAAAAUUCCAACCUUGGUGAUACUUUUCUUAAGGAUUUGUUCCGUGAUCCUGAGAGCAGUAAAUCUAUUUUCCAACCUUUGACACCAGUUGCACACAUGGCCCUAGCCUUACCUGCAGCAGGUCAACCUUUAAGGAAUUCAUUGGCGGCGAGAAUCAAUGCAGUGCCAAGGUGCAUUAUAUAUCCAGAUGGGGCAUCCUUUGAAAUCAAACCUCACAUCCUCAACAUAUUGCCAUCCUUUCAUGGGUUGCCAAACAGUGAUCCCAACAUGCAUUUGGUUGAUUUUAUUGAGACGCUUGCACUCAAGAAAGAGAUAUUGGCUUUCGCUCAAAAGCCAAAUGAGUCUUUCCAUGAAGCUUGGGAACGGUAUAAUGAGAUGUACACAAAAUGUCCUCAUGCUGGGUUUGAUUCUAACCUUCAAAUGAACAUAUUUUAUGAUGGUCUCAAUGCCACCACCAAGAGUCACGUGAAUGCAUCUGCUGGAGGGUCAUUAAUGUCAAAAUCAGCAAGGGAAGCAUUUGAGUUAUUUGAUAUGAUGGCUUCUGAAUCCCAACAAUGGACAGAAGAACAAACACAAAAGAGGGGAGUUUUUGAGAUUUCUCAGAGUUCUUCUAAUGUUUCUGCUCAAAUUGCUAAAAUGGAAAAGAAUUUUAAUGCCAAAUUUGCUGCCUUAAUGCAGGUCUCUUCCAUGCCCAAUGCCCCAGAAGCGUGCAUCAUUUGUAGUGCGACAACUCAUGACAUCACUCAAUGCCCCAACAAGGAUAGCUACCCUGAGCUUGUGCAAGAGCAUGUGAAUAUGGUGAAUAAUUUCAUUAGACCCAGAAGUGACCCUUAUUCAAAUACAUAUAAUCCUGGGUGGAAGAACCAUCCCAAUCUCAGUUGGGGCGGCAACCAACAGCCACGUCAAUACCAACAGUCUUACCAAUCAACUGGUGAGACUAAGAAACCAUCUCUUGAAGACCAAAUGUCACAGCUAGCUCAACAUAUGUCCGCUCUCUCUAAUACCACCAGCAAUUUUGUCCAAUCCACACAAACUAGCAUUCAGAAUCUCACGGCAUCAGUGGGGAAUUUGGAGACUCAAGUUGGACAGCUUGCUACCAUGUUCAAUGAAAGAGAGAAAGGAAAGUUUCCAAGCCAAUCUGAGCAAAAUCCAAGAGGGAUGGAGCAUUGCAAAGUAAUACGGACAUUGAAAAGUGGCAAGAGCUAUGACAACAGAGAAGUGGAGCACCAUGAAGCCGAAGUGGAAGAAGAAGAGCUUACUGAAAGUGCACCAUUAGCUGCAAAGUCUCGGUCAGAGGCUAUUUCUGAAGCAGGUAUUCCAAAUCCUAGUGCAAGUGACAAUGUGCAAUCUCGACGCAACUCUGAUGCAAACAAGGAAAAAGGCCUUGGUAUUUUAUUUGCACCUUCUGACAAGCCACCAUACAAGCCACCUUUGCCAUUUCCACAAAGGCAGCAACAACGUUCCAAGGAUCAACAAUGCAUUGAAUUCAUGAAGACGUUGGCUAAGGUUCAAAUUAAUUUGCCUCUAUUAGAUGCUAUUAAACAGAUCCCAUCAUAUGCCAAAUUUCUGAAGGAGCUAUGCUCUAAAAAGAAAAAGUUCUUGGAAUACGAGAAGGUGAUUUUAUCUGAGCAAUGCAGUGCUGUCCUCUUACAUAAGCUACCACCCAAGAAAAAAGAUCCGGGGAGUUUCACUAUCUCUUGUACUAUUGGUAGUCUUGAUUUUCAUAAAGUAUUGAUUGAUUUAGGAGCAAGUGUUAACCUUAUGCCUUAUUCUGUUUUUCAAAAAUUAGGUGAAGGAGAACUCAAGCCCACAUCUGUGAGUCUUCAAUUGGCAGAUAGGUUUGUGACCUAUCAUUUGGGUAUUCUGGAAAAUGUGAUUAUUAAAGUGGAUAAAUUCUAUCUCCCAGCUGAUUUCAUUGUACUUGACAUGGAGGAAGACAAGGAAGUGCCUCUCAUUUUAGGCCGACCGUUCAUGGCCACCGCCCGGACACUUAUUGAUGUGGAAGUAGGUACUUUAACCUUAAGAGUGCAAGGAAAGUCAGUUGUAUUCAAACUCUUUGAAGCUGUCAAGCGUCCUUUCGAACCUGAAGAGUGUUUUCGUGUUGAUGUUUUGGAUGGGAUUGUGCAUGCAAACUUUGCCUCAAGAUCAUCUAAUGAUGAGCUGUUAACUUGCAUCACCAACCAUGAUGCUACUUUAUCUAUGGAAGAAAAUGUGGUGGACGUCAUCGCUGCAUUGGAUAGUGCACCAAUUCAUAAUCCAAAGUGGCGACAUGUUUAUGAAAGCCUUGGAGUGCCUAAGCAGCCCCUUCUUCCUUCAAGUGAGCAAGCUCCGAAGUUAGAGCUCAAGCUACUGCCGAGCCACCUCAAGUAUGCUCAUCUCGGGGAUGAGACCUUGCCAGUUAUUAUUGCUGCUGAUCUUAAUGACACGGAGGAAGACAAAUUACUAAGAGUUCUUCGCAAGUAUCAAGAUGCUCUGGGGUGGACACUUGCUGACAUAAAAGGCAUUAGUCCAGCUUUGUGCAUGCAUAGGAUUUUUAUGGAGGCUGGGACUAAACCAACUGUUGAAGCUCAAAGACGUCUAAAUCCGAUCAUGAAGGAAGUUGUAAGAGUUGAGGUGAUGAAGUUACUCGAUGCAGGUAUCAUUUAUCCAAUCUCGGAUAGCAAAUGGGUGAGCCCAACUCAGGUGGUUCCAAAGAAAACUGGUAUUACUGUGGUGAAGAAUGAUAACAAUGAGCUUGUGCCUACAAGGAUGACCACCGGAUGGCGAAUGUGUGUUGACUAUAGAAAGCCCAAUAACAGCACUAGAAAGGAUCAUUUCCCGCUGCCAUUCAUUGAUCAGAUGCUCAAGAGACUAGCUGGUCAUUCUUUCUAUUGUUUCUUAGAUGGUUAUUCAGGGUACAACCAAAUUCCAAUUUCCCCUGAGGAUCAAGAGAAGACAACGUUUACAUGCCCUUUUGGUACAUUUGCAUACAGACGGAUGCCAUUUGGAUUGUGCAAUGCCCCUGCCACUUUCCAACGAUGCAUGAUGAGUAUUUUUUCUGGAAUGGUUGAAAAUAUUGUCGAGGUUUUUAUGGAUGACUUUUCUGUUUUUGGUAAUUCUUUUGAUAUAUGUUUGGAUAACUUGUCUUUGGUUUUGGAAAGAUGCAGGGAGACUAAUCUUGUGUUAAAUUGGGAGAAAUGCCAUUUUAUGGUUAAGCAUGGCAUUGUGCUAGGACAUCUGAUUUCAAGCAAAGGAAUAGAGGUUGACAAGGCAAAGAUUGAGGUGAUCGUCAAAUUACCACCACCAACUUCUGUGAAGAAUGUGAGAUCUUUCUUGGGACAUGCUGGUUUUUAUCGAAGAUUCAUCAAGGAUUUUUCCAAAAUUAGUCGUCCUCUUUGUAAUUUACUUGCUAAAGAUGCUUGUUUUGAUUUUAAUGCAGAUUGUCAUGAUGCUUUCAACAAAUUGAAGGAUCUUCUCACAUCAGCCCCAAUUAUAACAGCUCAAGAUUUGACCCUUCCUUUUGAGCUCAUGUGCGAUGCUUCCGAUUACGCUGUGGGUGCUGUUCUUGGUCAGCGACAUGACAAGCUCCCCCAUGUUAUAUAUUAUGCCAGCCGCACUUUGAAUGAUGCUCAGCUGAAUUAUGCCACUACAGAAAAAGAAUUACUUGCAGUGGUAUUUGCUCUUGAAAAGUUUCGAUCGUACUUAGUUGGUGCUAAAGUCAUUGUGUAUUCUCAUUCUGCUCUCAAGUACUUAUUGUCUAAAAAAGAGGCCAAACCACGAUUGCUUCGAUUGGUCCUUCUCUUGCAAGAGUUUGAUUUGGAGAUCCUAGAUAAAAAGGGACGUGAAAAUGUUGUGGCGGAUCAUCUCUCAAGAUUAGUAAAUGCAAGCACUGAUGAGGCAGAUUCAUUGCCCCUGCAAGAGAGCUUUCCAGACGAGCAACUUCUAGCGGUUACUCAUCAAGUACCAUGGUAUGCUGACAUCGCAAAUUAUUUGGCAUCUGGAGAAAUACCAUCAGAGUUCAGUUACCAACAAAGGAAGAAAUUCCUCUCCACUGUAAAACACUACUUUUGGGAUGAGCCAUACCUUUUCAAGCAUUGCCAAGAUCAAAUCAUUCGUCGGUGUACAUCUGGACAAGUUGAAGUAUCUAAUCGGGAGCUCAAGAGGAUUCUUGAGAAAACAGUCAGUUCAUCUCGAAAGGAUUGGAGUUUAAAGCUUACUGAUGCUUUGUGGGCAUAUAGGACAGCUUAUAAGACACCAAUUGGGAUGUCUCCUUUUCGUUUGGUGUAUGGGAAAGCUUGUCAUCUACCUAUGGAACUUGAGCACAAGGCAUAGUGGGCUAUUAAGCACCUCAAUUUUGACUACCAAGCAGCGGGAGAGAAACGAAAGCUGCAGUUGAAUGAACUGGAAGAAAUAAGGAAUGAUGCUUAUGAGAAUGCAAAUAUUUACAAGGAUAAGACCAAGAAAUUUCAUGAUGCUCACAUCCUUCGUAAAGAGUUUCAACCGGGCCAGAAGGUUUUGCUUUUUAAUUCAAUAUUGAAACUAUUCCCAGGAAAGCUCAAAUCACGUUGGAAUGGUCCAUAUCGUGUUGUACAGGUCCAUCUUCAUGGGGCUGUGGAUAUCCAAAACAUGCAAAUUGGUUUUGUCUUCAAAGUUAAUGGACAUCGCUUGAAGUUAUACAAGGAGUCUCCAUAUGAUCUUGCUAAGGAUUCCAUCACUUUGAAGGAACCUGUUAUUUGAAUCAAGCUGCCAACAGAAUGUCUAGCUCUAGACAGUAACUAAAGCGCUUCUUGGGAGGCAACCCAAGCUUUCUAUCUUUCAUUUUUAUUUUGAAUAAUUUUAAAUGUUCUUGUUC